GUACAACCGUGGGGUGUAUCCCCCCGCAAUCUUCGAACGCCGGAGGAAGUACGACGUACCUGUCUUUAUGAGCCGACAUCCCGACCUCAACCUUUACAUACACGAGGUCCUCCAUGCAGCGGGGGCCAUGUUUAUGGAAGGGUCCGUGGACAAGGUCAUAGUGACUCUGUACGGUAGCAGGAGCGAUCAGGAGGGACACGCGCCCUUGGAAUCAUUCGCUUUCGAGCUCGCCUCCUCUCCCACGCUUAUCCGUGCCUUGGCUGUCGGGGGCUUGGACGACCCCUUUCCCGCCUUUCGGAAGCUGCUCGCCCGCCUUAGCGUUGCCGAGGAGGUUGCCGAGCUCCAGCCCCUCCCCUCUGAUGUAACGUUCGCCCUCCUGCUUUCCACCCGGCCGCAG